AUGAUGAAAAAUAUUUUAAAUUCUAGUGAAAUUAUUAAUAUUCAGCAAGUGGCAAACAGAGAAACAAAACGUAAAGAAAGAUUGAUAAACGCAGCGUCAACACAAAAACGUAUUAUUAUCAAUGUAUCAGGCAGACGUUUCGAAACACACAAAACAACACUAGAUUCAUAUCCAAAUACACUAUUGGGUAAUCACAGAAAACGGAAACCAUACUAUGAUAAAGUUCACAAUGAAUAUUUUUUUGAUCGUCAUCAAGCGUCAUUUCAUUCAAUAUUGUAUUAUUAUCAGUCAAAAGGACGUCUCAGGCGACCACAGUUUGUUCCAUUAGAUACAUUUCUUGAAGAAGUCACGUUUUUUGAGCUUGGUUCUGAAAUAUUAAACAAAAUACGAAGCGAUGAAAAUAUUAAAGAUGUAGAAAAAAUUAAAUUACCUAGAAAUCGCUUUCGUCGACAUCUAUGGGCAAAUAUGGAAUAUCCACAAUAUUCCAUUACGGCAAAAAUUAUCAAUAUUGUCUCCAUAUUGAUGAUAUUUUUAUCAUGUAUUGCUUUCGCUUUGGAAACAUUACCACAAUACAGUGACUAUUACGAGAAGAUUUGUCGACAAGAGGAUGAAUUAUUGACAAAUGAAUCGUUGCGACUUAAUUUAACAAUAUCAUAUCCAAUAUGCACUGCAUUAUUUUAUUCACCAUUUUUUAUUAUACAGACAAUUACAGUAGCAUUUUUUACAAUAGAAUUUCUACUUCGUUUCAUUAGUGCACCAUCCUAUUGUGAUUUUAUCAAAAGUAUCCUAAAUUGGAUUGAUCUGGUGGCUAUUAUACCGUAUUAUGUUGCAUUGGGAAUAGAUUUGUCUCAAAGAAAUCUUGAUGCUAUCCAGACAUCAGCAUAUGUUGGCUUGAGACUGCUGAGAAUUGUACGUUUUACACGUGUUUUGAAAAUAUACCGUGUGUUUCGAAGUUUUAAAACAUUAAGAGUUCUAGCAUCAGCCGUAAAAGAAUCAUUACCAGAUAUUUUUAUUCUAAUAUCAAGUUUGACAAUAUUAGGAUUCCUCUUUGGAGCAGCCGUUUACUUUGCGGAAAAUUCAUCAAACGGUGGCAUGUUUGAUAGUAUACCAAAAGCAACAUAUUGGGGUAUCAUUACAAUAACGUCGACUGGAUAUGGCGAUAUAUAUCCAAUAACGGCUAUAGGUCGUAUAUUCGCGAGUCUGUGUGCUGUCUUUGGUACGGCAACAAUUGGAAUGCUUGUAUCGGUACUUGUAGAUCGAUAUCAACGUGUAUUUACAAGAAAAUUAUAUAUUAAAGAGCAUGAUGAAAGUAUUGAAUUGGAUGAAUAUGCUGAUGAUGAUGAUGAAAAAACUCAUGCUGGAUUAGAACCAGAUUGGCAUAAUAAAUUGAGAAAUAGUGUUAAUGCAGUUGAUCCAGACGCGCGUACAAGAAAGGAGCAAGAAAUGAUGAAAUAUAGUGGUCAGGGGAAUGAGAGUUAUGAGCAAGAUCAAGACGAGGUCGAUGACAAUUUACAAGAAAAUGAUUUUAGUACAAAUAUAAAAUCUCAAGUGUUCAUUUUGUAA